AUUUAUCUAAUAGACAGAACAGAAAUACAGCAAAUUAUAGAAAUAUUAGUAUAGUUGGUUCCAAGUUGCCAAUUCACGGUCCUAUUUCAAAUUCUUUACCUUUAAUAAACAUUCGGCGAUGUGAAAAUUAACAUAUAAAAAGGUCACAUAGUCUGUCGCAUUUUAGUUUUAUGACAACGCUGAUUCUGCACACACAUCAAAAUGGAUGAAGACGACCAAAAAAUGCAAAUUAUGCGUAAAGCUUUCCAAAUGUUUGAUACUACAAAAUCGGGAUUCAUUGAGACGGCUAAAAUCAGCACUAUUUUGAACACAAUGGGUCAAUUAUUCGAUGACAUCGAGCUACGAGAUUUGAUUAAUGAAAAUGAUCCCAACGGUAUUGGUAAAGUGAAUUUUGAUGGAUUUUGCCAAAUCGCUUCGCAUUUCUUGGAAGAAGAUGAUUCUGAUGCAAUGGAAGAAGAAUUACGAGAGGCUUUCAGACUUUACGAUAAAGAAGGAAAUGGAUACAUAACAACAGCAACAUUGAGAGAAAUUUUGGCAGCAUUGGACGAUAAAUUGACAUCAGACGAUUUAGAUGGUAUCAUCAGUGAAAUUGAUACCGAUGGUUCAGGGACAGUUGACUUUGACGAAUUCAUGGAAAUGAUGACAGGAGAGUAAAUUUUGUUCGCAUAGAUGUGUUUCAAUUCCAAACCACGUAAACUUUCAUAUAUAUAUUUAAAUAUUAAUAUGUGUUUAGUUUUUAAGGCAAUUCGAUAAUUAAUUGUAAUACGAUUUAAAAUUCACCCAAAAAAUAUGAACCAUCGAACUAAAUUUUCAACGUUGUAAAAUUUUGACCAAUUAAAGUUCCAAUAGAAAUAUGUAUCUGACUUCCUAUAUCUAUCUAGGCCCAACCAAGUAAACUAUUAGGAAUUUAAUGCAUGAUUGAAAUUACGCAUACAGAUUGGAUGAAAUAUCGAAAAUAAUUUAUUAUACAGCAAGUUCAUCAGUCAGAAAUCACUCGUAGAUAAAAAACAGUAUGCAUAAUUAUACAAUAAGACAUACAUAUUACAAAAAUAAAAAUAUAAUAAUAAAAAUGCGCAAUA